AUGGCCCUAGAGGAGAAGCGGGAGAGGCGUCCGCCCGUCACCCCCAUGAUGAUCGAGGAGGAGGCCGCCCUGCGGAACGGCAGCCGGGGUCUGACGCCAGGUCCCUGGGCCGAAGCGGCGGGGCCGAGACCCCGCACCACGGAGCGGCACAUCGCCGUGCACAAGCGCCUGGUGCUGGGCUUCGCCGUCUCCAUCCUGGCGCUGCUGGCGGUGACCAUGAUCGCCGUGCUGCUCAGCGUCCGCUUCGAGGAGUGCGGUACCACCGCCGACAGUCCGCCGCGGGCCGGCGGCAACGGAAGCCUCUCGGGGGCCGCCCGACAGCCGCCCGAUGCAGGGCAGCCCCCCGGCCGGCCAGAGGAGGAGGCGCGGGGCGGGGAAGCGACGGCGGCGGCGGCGGAGGUGGAGGAGGAGGAGUGGCAGCGGCGGCGAGAGCUGUCGCCCUGGGCCCGGCCGCGGCUGCCGCGACAUCUGCGGCCGCUGCACUACAACCUGAUGCUGUGCGUCUUCAUGGAGAACUUCACCUUCAGCGGGGAGGUGAACGUGCAGCUGGAGGUGCUCAACGCCAGCCGCUACAUCGUGCUGCACGCCCAUCGCAUGCACAUCGAGGCGGUCCGCGUGGCCGAAGACAAACUGGCCGGCGGCGUGCGGGUGGCCCGCUCCUUCUUCCACCCCCAGACCCAGGUCUUCGUGGUCGUCCUCAACCGCAGCCUGGAGGCGCAGAAAAGUUACAAUCUCAAGAUCAUCUACAACGCCCCUAUCGAGAACGAGCUGCUGGGCUUCUUCCGCAGUUCCUACGUCCUUCACGGCGAGAGAAGGUUCCUUGGUGUCACGCAGUUUUCUCCAACUCAUGCCAGGAAAGCCUUUCCUUGCUUCGAUGAGCCCAUCUACAAGGCCACUUUCAAAAUCAGCAUCAAGCAUCAAGCAACUUACUUAUCUCUGUCCAACAUGCCAGUGGAAACUUCUGUUUUUGAAGAAGAUGGCUGGGUCACAGAUCACUUCUCACAGUCCCCUCUCAUGUCCACCUAUUACCUGGCUUGGGCAGUGUGCAAUUUUACCUACCGGGAAACCGUCACCAGGAGCGGAGUGGUUGUACGGUUAUAUGCCAGACCUGAUGCAAUCCGAAGAGGAUCAGGGGACUAUGCUCUGAAUAUUACAAGGAGACUCAUUGAAUUUUAUGAAGAUUACUUUAAAGUGCCCUAUUCUCUGCCAAAAUUAGAUCUGCUAGCUGUGCCUAAGCAUCCCUAUGCUGCUAUGGAGAACUGGGGGCUGAGUGUUUUUGUGGAGCAAAGGAUACUGCUAGAUCCAAGCAUUUCUUCUAUAUCAUACCUCCUGGAUGUCACCAUGGUCAUUGUCCAUGAGCUGUGUCAUCAGUGGUUUGGUGACCUCGUGACUCCAGUUUGGUGGGAGGAUGUGUGGUUGAAAGAAGGUUUUGCUCACUAUUUUGAGUUUGUUGGGACCGACUACCUCUACCCAGGCUGGAACAUGGAAAAGCAGAGAUUUCUGACUGAUGUCCUGCAUGAAGUGAUGCUGCUGGAUGGCUUGGCCAGCUCACAUCCAGUGUCCCAGGAGGUGCAGCAAGCUACAGACAUCGACAGGGUGUUUGACUGGAUCGCCUACAAGAAGGGUGCAGCUCUCAUUCGAAUGUUGGCUAACUUUAUGGGUCACUCUGUGUUCCAAAUGGGCUUACAAGACUAUUUAACGAUUCACAAGUAUGGCAAUGCAGCCAGAAAUGAUCUUUGGAACACACUGUCAAAGGCUUUAAAAAGGGUUGGAAAAUCUGUAAAUAUUCAAGAAGUAAUGGACCAGUGGACACUGCAGAUGGGUUACCCUGUGAUCACUGUCUUGGGAAAUGAAACUACAGACAAUGUCAUAGUGAUCUCCCAAGAGCGUUUUGUUUAUGACAGUGAUGCUAAGCCCAAGGAUCCUGCUCUUGGAGACAACAGCUACUUGUGGCAGAUUCCAUUAACAAUUGCAGUAGGAAAUACGAGCCACAUCUCAUCAGAGGCAAUUAUAUGGGUGUCUAACAAAUCAGAGCACCACAGGAUUGCUGCUCUGGAAGAGGCAGAUUGGUUGCUGGGGAACAUCAACCAGACUGGCUACUUCAGAGUUAACUACGAUGUCAGGAAUUGGAGGCUGCUAAUUAAUCAGCUAACCAGGAACCACGAGGUUAUCUCAGUCAGUAAUCGAGCAGGCUUGAUCGAUGAUGCGUUCAACCUGGCAAGAGCUGGUUAUUUACCUCAGAAUAUUCCUUUGGAGAUUAUCAGAUACCUUUCCCAGGAGAAGGAUUUUCUACCUUGGCAUGCUGCCAGCAGAGCUCUUUAUCCGCUAGAUAAAUUGCUGGACCGCACAGAGAACUACAACAUCUUCAAUGAGUAUAUUUUAAGACAAGUUGCAUCAAUGUAUCUCAAGCUUGGAUGGCCAACAAAUAACUCCAACAAAUCACUUGUGCAAGCUUCAUACCAACAUGAGGAGCUGCGGCGGGAGGUCAUCAUGCUGGCCUGCAGCUUUGGCAACAAGCACUGUCACCAGCAGGCUGCAACCCUGAUCUCAGACUGGAUUUCCAGCAACAGGAACCGAAUCCCACUCAAUGUGAGAGACAUUGUCUACUGCACGGGGGUUUCACUGAUGGAUGAAGAUGUAUGGGAGUUCAUUUGGAUGAAGUUUCAUUCUACUACAGCUGUGUCUGAGAAGAAAAUAUUAUUAGAAGCCUUAACUUGCAGUGAUGACAGAAACUUGCUCAACAGGCUUCUGAAUUUGUCUCUCAACUCAGAGGUUGUCCUGGAUCAGGAUGCCAUUGAUGUGAUAAUCCAUGUCGCUCGAAAUCCACAUGGGAGGGACCUCGCCUGGAAGUUUUUCAGGGAAAAAUGGAAAAUACUAAAUUCUAGGUAUGGGGAAGCAUUAUUUAUGAAUUCAAAGCUUAUCAGUGGAGUCACAGAAUUCCUCAAUACUGGAGAAGAGCUAAGAGAGCUGAAGAACUUCAUGAAGAGUUACGAAGGGGGAGCUGCUGCCUCUUUCUCUCGUGCUGUGGAGACAGUGGAAGCCAACGUGCGGUGGCAGAGGCUGUAUAAGGAAGAACUCUUCCAGUGGCUAAGAAAAUCCUUGACACAUUAA